UUCUAUUUCUAUGAUAAGAAAAGAGAUUAUUUAAUUAAUUUUUUUUUUAUAUUCUUAUACAAUGCAACAGCUAUUGAUCAAUGAUAGAACGUCAGUUGCAGUCAGUUUCCAGCAGUGGCCAGUUGUCACCAGACGUCACUUUGCGUCACUCGUCCAGCUAAACGCUCGAACAAGGCUCCAAAUUCCGAGUCAACGAGUAUUGACCAGAAUAUUUCGCACAUCGCGUAAAAUCCUAAUCGGAUAAAUGGCUGAUCAUAACUAUCUAAGUGAUCCGAAGAAUCUAUCCCUUUUGUUAGAGGACGAUGUGGACGAUGAAACAUUUCUGAGGAACGCACCAGCCAGGACGAGACGUUGUCAUGGCUUCGAUGACGUUGACCAAAAUUGCCAACAAUUGCUGCAACGUAGGAAGGAAAUCGAGGAAGGCACCGUGCAAUCCUCGGAAAAAUCUGUUUUGCUUCUGAAGGAUUCCGAGCCAAUUGGAGUAACCACAGCUGAGAAAUUCAUCAGGCAAAAGGAACAAGUGGAGAGGACGGAAAAAGAAUUAGACGAUAUUAACAGUGCAUUAAAAGUUGAUCAAAAAAGUUUAAACAAUAUGAAGAGUUUAUUAGAAAGCCUGAAGAAUAAUCUUAGUGACAAAUCGUUAGAUGUUCCGCCGAUACCAUCUACACAAAUGUCAGAAUCUUCUAGUUCUGGAUCUCCUGCAUCGUCCAACACGUUAGAACAAAUGCAAAAUGACAUGAGCAAUUCCUAUUCAUCGACAAUGAUAAGAAGUGACGACAACAGUUUGAAAGAUGUUAGAGCUACUAACGACAGAGUAACUAAACAAAAUCUCGAACAAAAUCCAAGCGAGAUGAGUGGAUUAUUGGCAAAACUAAAACAUCUAGCGAUUGAUUUAAACAAAAAAAUAAAAUCGCAGAACGAUCUGAUUGAUAAUAUCAUUGAUAAAACUGAGAAAGUGGAUACUUUGCAACAACAAAAUAAAGAUACGUUAGAUCUAUUGAAAGAAUAAAUUUAAUCAUCAUAUCAGAAAAUUCUUAUUUAUAAUCUUACGAUAUUAACUGUACUUCUAUAAAAUAUAGAUAUUGUAUAUGUUCCACAAUAAAGUAGAUCUUUGACAUUAAUUUGUAUUAUUAAAUCUAGUGCAUGUCGGCCGUGCAAUUAUAUCGUGCGAAGUAUUUUAUAGAGUUUUUCACAAGGCAAGAUUGCGCAAUCUUUACAAAAUAAUUAUGAUGCAAAAUUAGAACAUGUUUAUUGUUAGAGAGUAUG